GGUAAGCACAGGUCACAAUGGGCAGGAGAGGACAUAAGGGGUCCUUCAGGGUGGUUUAGGCCUAGGUGGAGGCUUAGGUUUGGGAGGAGAGGAGCAGUACGAAUACAAUUGGCGGUGAGUUGUGGAAUCCAAAAGAGCAAAGGUUAUUGUGAACCAGUGUGUCAGGCUCAAGAGGAGGCCCCUCCCCACUCAAGUGAAUACCAACAUCUGCAUGACUCAACAUCUGUGCACUCUGACAUCUACUGGAACCCCAACAUCUACGUGCCUCGGCAUCUGCAAACCCUGACAUCUACUGGGGCCUGGAUCUCUUGCUUCUCCACAUCUGCACACUGUAGCAUCUACUGGGGCCUAACCUCUGUGGGCCUCCACAUCUGUGCACCCUGACAUCGACUGGGGUCCCAACAUCUGUGCACCUUGACAUCUAUUGGAGCCCUGACCUCUACUCCUCAACAUCCGCAUAUGGUAACAUCUACUGGGGCCCUGGCAUCUGUGCACCCCAACAUCUCCAUUCUCUAGGCAGAGCACAGUAUGGUGCAGAUACAAUAGUCUCUAGCACUGAGCAAUUGGUAAUUAGCACCCCCACCCUGUUCUCAGUUGCUCAGAGACAAAAAAGCCUGCAGAAGACCACUGCUAGCCCACUUGCUAGAGAAAUCAGGGAAAGAGGACACCCUGCAAAGUGUGGUAAGGUGUGGAGGACCCCUAGGAGCUGUCGUGGCAAAAAAUAGCCAUGAACAGCCAAUUUAAGUUACCACAUUACACAGCCCAAAGCAGCCCUGCGAUGGGUAUGUUUAAUACCUCCAUGGGGAAACUGCAGCAACAACUGUACAAGGGAGAGUAUAGUAUAUUCAAGUAUGCACCAAUGUUUGAGAGUGACUUUAUACAGGUCAGCAAAAAAGGAGAAGUGAUUGAUGUGCACAACCGUGCCCGAAUGGUAACUGUGGGCAUCGUUCGCACCAGCCCCCACCUCACACUACCUGAUGUCAUGCUGCUGGCCCGACCAGCUGCUAUGUGUGAUGACUAUAACAGAUAUGGCCCUGCCACCCCGGAAACACGUUACAAGCCUACACAGAUCUUAGAGCUAACCAGGCUGCUUCCCUUGAAGUUUGUAACGAUAUCCAUCCAUAAUGGUAAAAAGCAACAGCUCCACCUGAAGCUUGCCACUGGCCGCUCUUUUUACCUUCAGCUGUGUCCCCCUUCCAACACAAGAGAUCUUUUUGUCCACUGGGAAAACCUCGUUUACAUUCUGAGACCACCAGUAGAGGCUUACAGUGGUUCCCAGGCCAUCCCAGUUGGGAACACACUGGACAUAACUGGGUUUGAAGAGAAGAACAAGAGCCCAGGGGCAAAUGUCAUUCAUGUCUAUGGAAGGGAUCAAGAUCAAGUUGGCAUCAAGAGUCUUCACAUGAACCCUACAGUGUUUGAGACCACCUAUCAUGGUUAUGCUGGGGAGGAAUGAAUUCAUCAAGCCUCCCACACAUACUGCAUUCAAGAGUUCACAUACUUCUGCAGUCACAAAGCCUAUAGCAUUUGAUAAAAGGGCAGGGAUGGCGACAGGAGCAGACUUUACAGAUCCAGGAGGAAGCACAGCUAGAAUAGCCACAAUGGGUGCAUUCAACAUGUCUUAAUACUAUUGUUAGCAAGGGCUGCAAGCCUUUCUUGUCUUGAGAGGGUACUUCCAGCACAUCAGUAGGAGAUACUGGCCUCUUCCCAGAGGGCAGA